AUGGCUACAACCAUUCUCUCGCGCGUGAAGCAAGUCGCGCAGUGGCAUGGUAGAGCCAAAGCAGAUGUCUCGCGGGAGGUCGAGAAAGGAUACAGCAACACCAACUCGUUCGCGCACUUGUCCGAACAUGAAGCUACGACUCUGAGAAAGCAAAUCGAGAGUCCUGCUGCAGCACCAGUUAUAUGGAAGUCACUCUUCCGCUUUGCCUCCCGCCAAGACAUUCUCAUCAUUGCUGUCAGCUCCCUGUGUGCUAUUGCUGCAGGAACUGCAGUGCCGCUGAAUACUGUAAUACUGGGUUCGCUAGCGGGAUCCUUCCAAGACUUCAGCAACGGACUACCCAGAACCGAGUUUGACGAGCAGGUGAAGAGUCGGACACUGUAUUUUGUGUAUCUAACUAUAGGCGAAUUCGUCACAAUUUAUUUUGCUACGCUUGGCUUCAGACAUACCGGGGAGAGCAUCACUCGCAAGAUCAGAGAAGAAUACCUCAAAGCCGUGCUACGUCAGAAUGGAGCAUAUUUCGACAAACUUGGCUCAGGCGAGGUCGUUACACGCAUCACGGCCGAUACAAAUGUCAUUCAAGAGGGCAUGUCCGAGAAGAUUGAGCUUGCCCUCUCUGCCCUUUCCUGUUUCGUGUCGGCGUACAUUGUUGCUUUCAUCAAGUACUGGAAGCUCACGUUGGUUAUGACUUCCAUGACACCGGUUCUGUUCGCAUCCAUGUACGGAUUUACGCAAUUGAUCGUCAAGUACACCAAGCUGUCAUUAGCUGCACAUGGCCAGGGUGUAGUCGUUGUGGAAGAGGCUCUCAGCUCCAUACGCACUGUCACCAGCUUUGGGACGCAAGCGGCUCUUGUCAAGAGAUACGAUUCAUUAUUGGGUCGAGCAGAAGUGUUUGGGCUGCGCGCGAAAUCUAUUAUGGGAGGCGCUGUUGGUUUCACGAUAUGCAUAUUCAAUCUUGGUCAUGCUCUGGCUUCCUGGCUCGGAAGCAAGUACAUUGUUUCAGGGGAAUCAGAUCUUUCAGCCGUGGUGACCAUUCUGCUUGUCAUGAUGCUGGGAGCCUUCGCUUUGGGGAAAGCAGCCCAACACAUUCAAGCAUUUACGAAUGCUGUAGCUGCAGCCACUGGAAUCUACGCAGUGAUUGAUCGCAUCACGCCGUGGAAUGAAGAUUCCGAACAAGGUCUCGCACCGGAGCAUGUGGAAGGCCGUAUUGAAUUUCGAAACGUGAAACACAUCUAUCCUUCUCGACCAGAUGUGGUAGUCCUCCAAGAUUUCAACCUUGUUGUUCCAGCCGGAAGCACGAUAGCAAUCACUGGAGCGUCGGGCUCGGGAAAAAGCACCUUGAUCGCUUUGAUGGGGCGUUUCUACUUUCCUGUAGCCGGCGAAGUGCUUCUUGACGGCAGAAAUAUUCAAAGCCUAAAUCUUCAAUGGCUACGUCAACAGAUUGGACUCGUCUCACAAGACCCGUCACUCUUCACAGGUACCGUGGAGGCGAACAUCUUGCAUGGACUCAAAGAAUCGACAACUGCUGAUCCCAACCUCCGAGCACUCGUCGAGAAAGCCGCGAGGCUUGCCAAUGCACACGAGUUCAUCAUGCAACUCCCCCAAGGCUACGAUACGUACAUUGGCGAGCGCGGGUCCUUUCUCAGUGGCGGCCAGAGACAGCGAAUCGCUAUCGCCAGAGCGGUAUUAAGAGAUCCAAAGAUUCUACUUUUUGACGAGGCAACCAGUGCACUGGACAGUAAGACCGAGGAAGUAGUACAAGCCGCGCUGGAGAAAGCAGCUCAUGGUCGCACAACGAUCAUGAUCGCCCAUCGUUUGAGUACGAUCAAGAGAGCCGACAACAUCAUCGUUAUGGGACCUGGUGGUAAGAUCUUGGAGCAAGGCACAUACGAUGCGCUGUUGGCAUUGAAGGGGACGUUGUGCCAUCUCAUCGAAGCUCAACACAUCGCUCGGGAUUUCAAUGAGACAGCCGACCAGCAACACAUCUUCGAUGAAAAGGCCACUCCAGAAUCUUCGAUCGUGCAAGAAAUUAUGGCGGAGAAGUCACCUGCGCCGCAGAACGUUAGCACAAGAGGCAGUCGAGAACAGAACCCUGUGGCUGCUGACAAAGUUGAAGUGACGCAUGCACCACCCUCACGUCCUCAGGAGUCUCGUCCCGAGAUAUCGCUCUGGUCGUUGAUCAAAUUCCUUACUUCCCUGAAUCGACCAGAAUGGAAGUCUAUGCUGAUUGGCAUUAUCGCGUCCAUCCUUGCCGGAGCAGGAGAACCAAUUCAGUGCCUCAUCUUAGCAAAAACACUCGCGACUCUUUCGCUUGAUGGAACUCAGCACCAUCAGAUACGCUCCCGGAUGCAACUUUGGAGUAGCAUGUUUGUCAUGAUCGCUGUCGUAAUGCUGGCCUGCUUCUUCGUGCUCGGAAUUUCACUUGCACAUGGCAGCGAACGUUUGAUUCGUCGUUGUCGAGAACUUGCUUUCAGGUCUAUACUCAGACAAGAUAUUCAGUUCUUCGAUCAACCUGAGAACACGAUUGGAGCUUUGACGUCUUUUAUUGGCAUCCAGACAACAAAUCUGGCAGGUAUCACUGGCCUUGCUCUAUCGACGAUUUUCCAACUCCUGGCGACCUUGAUUAUCGGAUACAUCAUUGCUCUCGCGGUCGGUUGGAAGCUCGCGCUCGUGUGCAUAGCCACAGUGCCCGUGCUCCUCUUCGCAGGAUUCGUCGGCGUUUGGAGCCAGUCAGAAUUCGAGAUGUACUUGAAAGAUGCAUAUCGAGAAAGUGCUUCGCAUGCCUGUGAAGCCGUAUCUGCUGCCCGCACCGUUGCGGCAUUCACACUCGAGGACCAUAUCUGCAGAAGAUACCACGAUCUCCUUGCUGCACAAGAGCACAGAAGUUUGCGCUUCAAUCUCAAGUCGAGCAUCUAUUACGCAGCAGGUCAGAGUCUGGGCUUCCUAUGCGUUGCGCUCUGUUUCUGGUAUGGCAGUACUUUACUCGGUGAUGGGGGCUACUCUCUUACACAAUUCUAUCUGGUCUUCUUCACCGUCAUAUACGGAACAAGAUCGGCCGCCAAUAUGUUCGCACUUGCCCCAAAUAUGGCCAAGGCCAAAGUUGCGGCGGCUGAACUCAAGGCAUUCUUCGAACGAACACCGGCUAUUGACGUGUGGGCUAAGACUGGAAACAUUCUGCCACAUCUCGAAGGAUCGGUCGAGUUUCGAAAUGUCUACUUCGCCUAUCAGGAAGCCGAAGGGCAGGGGAUGAUGGUACUUAACGAUCUCAGCUUCACGGUACUGCCCGGUCAAUUCGUCGCUCUGGUCGGUGCUUCCGGCUGUGGCAAGUCUACAGCCAUCGCGCUUUUGGAACGCUUCUAUGAUCCAUCGAGCGGAGGUAUAUAUGUCGAUGGUGAAGACAUCUCGACAUUGAACCUAGAAGCCUAUCGAAAACAUUUAGCAUUGGUCUCGCAGGAGCCAACGCUGUUUCAAGGCACAAUUCGCGACAAUAUCGUCUUCUCAGUUGACGAAGACGACAUCUCCGAAGACAAAAUCCUCAAAGCGUGCAAAGAGGCAAAUAUUCACGACUUCAUCACUUCUCUGCCCGCAGGCUUUGACACACUCGUUGGUAGUAAAGGUGUGAUGCUUUCGGGAGGGCAGAAGCAGAGGAUCGCGAUUGCACGAGCUUUGUUGCGAGAUCCUAAAAUUCUGCUUCUUGAUGAGGCGACAUCUGCGUUGGACAGCGAAUCCGAGAGAUUCGUGCAAGCGGCUCUGGAUUCUGCUUCCCAAGGGCGUACGACGAUUGCGGUGGCGCAUCGACUUUCUACUGUGCGUAAUGCUGAUGCUAUAUAUGUUCUGGAUGGUGGUAAGAUUGUGGAGAGCGGUACUCAUGCUGCGUUGAUGGCGCGGCGUGGAAGGUAUUUCGAGUUGGCUCGAUUACAGAGUUUGGAGAAACAGAAUAAGGGGCAAGUCGUGGGGACAGUGCAGAUGGGACAGUGA